CGUAACAACAAUUGAGGAAACACAACAGCGAUAUUUAACAAGAACCAAACGCUACUCCUUCAUUACAGUCGCAGUGUUUGAUCACACAACAGCACGAUCGUCGUUUUAUCCAGUUGCAAGCCGCAACAACCAUCAAGAUGCCUGUCAAAGUGCAUAUAGUUUACUGUGGUGGAUGAGGGUACAGGCCCAAGUUCAUCAAACUCAAGACGUUGCUUGAGGAUGAAUUCCCAGGCGAUCUUGAGAUAACCGGUGAGGGCACACCCUCUAGCACAGGGUGGUUUGAGGUGGAGGUAAAUGGAACGUUGGUGCACUCAAAGAAGAAUGGAGAUGGAUUUUGUGACAACGAUGCAAAAAAACAAAAAAUUGUGAGUGCCAUUGAGAAGGCCAUGGGAAAAUAAGCAUGCGCUGAUCAUAGAGUUUUUCUUCUCUGUUGGUUGGUCUCUUAGGGAGUGCAACAAUGAUGGUGACAUCUAAAGUGUUUUUAACACGGAUGUUGCUUGAUGCUAUCUGCUCUUCCUGGGGGAAGACUUUCAGAGCGGGAAACUCUCUGUUUUAUGCUUAAAUGAUUGGAAAAAUAAAGGGAAACUGUAAAAUUAGAUUAAGACAGAAGAUGGCUAUUUUAGUUUCUUUUGUCCUUCUAUCGUAACGCACAAGUUUAUGAAUUAUUUAGUAACACUGUACAAUAAGGUUGUACAAUUAGUUAAUGCAUUAGCUAACACUAACUAACAAUGAACAAUACCUCUACUGCAUUUAUUAAUCUUAAUUCAUGUUAAUUUGGGCAUUUGCUAAUGCAUUUUUUUAAAUCAAGCAUUGUAAUUGUUAACACUAAUAAAUGUGCCAUAAACUAACAUGAAUAACUGUAUUGACAUUAACUAACAUUAACAACAAUUGAUACUUGAUGAAAAACAAUUGUUCAUGUUAAAACAUUUACUAAUGUUAACUAAUACAGCCUUAUUGUAAAGUUCUUGCAUUUAUUUUGUGCAAUAAAAAUGUAAUGCUGAAA